CAGAGAGAGGGAGAGAGAGAGAGGAGACAAGGCCGAAGCAUAUAUAAACGCAGCGUGGAAUUGGUGCGUGGGUUUGGAGCGCGACAAAUGGUGGACUCAAAUCAAAUGGCCGCCUCCUUGUCCCACUCGACCUACAUUCCUCUUCCUUCUUCAGGUUCAGUUGGCAAAUUUUCAGAACCUGAGACCUAUUCUCAACUGGUCCCUAUCCAUAUUGUUACUCAGCCCUCCCAGCUCCCAAAUGCAUUUUUGGUGCCCUCUGCGGAAAGCCAAUUGGUCAUUGGAUUUGAUUGUGAAGGUGUUGAUCUUUGUCGACAUGGUGCUCUUUGUAUUAUGCAGGUGCAGUUGGCCCCACUUAAUAAUUCUCCUGCGUCUUUCCUUUAUGCUACAAGGAACAUGGGUAGCAGCACCUACAUGAUGAUUGAUAGGGCCAUCAACAGUGUUGGUUCAACUAUUAAAAAACUAGCAUUUCAGGAUGCUGUUUAUCUCGUAGAUGCUAUUCAGGGUGGGCAGAUGCUUGUGCAAGCAUGUAAGCCUGCACUAGAGUCAACUUAUGUCACAAAAGUUGUUCAUGAUUGCAAAAGAGAUAGUGAGGCUCUUUAUUUUCAAUUUGGAAUCAGGUUGAACAAUGUUGUUGACACGCAGAUUGCCUAUACCUUGAUAGAGGAGCAAGAAGGACGGAAGAGAUCUCCUGAUGACUACAUAUCUUUUGUUAGCCUCCUUGCUGAUCCACGUUACUGUGGCAUAUCGUAUGUUGAGAAGGAAGAAGUGCGAAUUCUUUUGAGGCAGGACCCCUCAUUUUGGCGCAAAAGGCCAUUAUCGGAAUUGAUGAUUCGCACUGCAGCAGAUGAUGUCCGCUUUCUGCUUUACAUCUACCAUAAAGUUAUGGAAAAAUUAAAUGAAUAUUCACUGUGGCGCCUUGCUGUUCGGGGUUCAUUAUAUUGUCGAUGUUUCUGCGACAAUGAUAAUGAGUAUGCUGAAUGGUCGCCCAUCCCGCAUAUUCCAGAGAAACUGAUUACAGAAGGGAUUGUUCCUGAAGAGGAAAUUUUAUCUGUUCUUAAUGUUCCUCCAGGCAAAAUGGGGUGCAUUAUUGGUAGAGGAGGAGCAUCUAUUAGAUCAGUUAAGGAAUCUUGCAAUGCUGAAAUUCUGAUUGGAGGUUCAAAAGGGCCGCCAGAUAAGGUUUUUGUUAUUGGAGCAGUGAAGGAAGUGAGGAAAGCAGAGGCCAUUAUGAGGGGAAAGAUGUUGUUUAGCUAGCCAUUGAGCCAUUCUGUUUCGGAGUUUCUCACUUCGCAUGAUAUAGACUGUAUAAUGCCCAUUGUGCAUGUCCCAUUUUCUUGAGAUAAGAACACAACAAAUGCUCGCUUUAUUCCAAUUUCCUGGCAGGAGGUUUCUUAUAUCAUUACUGUGUUCUUUUCCCCCUUUCCUAUUUGCAAUGUCAAAAAGCCUUGCAAGAUGAAAGGGGCAUCAGAUAUCAGAGAGCUGAUUCUCACAAUGUGCCAAUAUUUGAGGGCAUAAAUCCAUGAUUCUCUUUUACACUCUAAAUGACCGAAAAUGGAAGGCCUGUGUUGUCAAACUUGUAUAUGAGUUUCGAUAAUUUCAACAAAUAUGGGUGUUUAUAAACAUGCUCCCAAAUGUCUUCAUCUUGAGUGCUACAAUAAACCCAUGGGUUUCUUUUA